AUGUCGUUCCAAUUCAACGAAAAGUUGUUUGCGGAAAAGGGUUUCAACGAGGUAUUGAAGGAGAAAUUAUGUAAAGCCUUAAACUCGUUCUCUAAACUUGACAUAUUGAAGAGUGAGAUUCAGGUUUAUGAGUUGGAAUUUGAAAGGAUGCCUGAGUUUGAAAUCCUAGAUUUGAAUGUGCAGCCUGUGGAUUUGAAUCAAACAAAACCAGUGUUGAAAGCCAUUUGUAAGAUUGCGUGGCAGGAUAUUUCGAUAAAGAUUAAGACUGAAAUAGAAUCUAAUCUAUUAUAUCUCUCUAUUAAGAACCAGCCUGAAUUUAUCCAACCUGAGAUUAAUUGUAACGAUUCUUUUGAUUUGCCCAUUAUAAUGAAUUUCAAGCGAAUCCAAUUCAAAUCUAUAAUGAAUUGCUUUGUCAAGCAAAGUGGGGUCGGAAUUACAUUCAAUGAUGUGAUAUUAGAUUUUCAAUUUGAUUGUUCAAUCAAAUUCUUACAAAACACAAUAACGAAAAGAUUGAAGAAUUCCAUGAAUGCAGUAUUCAAGAGUGUAUUACCGGAGUUGAUCUUUUCUAUGUCACAAACUUGGUUUAAUAAACACGAUGAAAAUGAGAAUUUAUUGAGAUUGGGCAAGGCAGAGGAGCAAGAAGAGCUAAUAAAUACCAAGUUUGAAGAGAAUGAGAUCAACGAACUAUCUCCAGUAAACAUGUUGAAAUUGUCUACUAUUAUAUCUUCAAGACAAACGUUAUCAUUGAAUUCCAUUAAUAAUUCUACACGUUCAGUGAGAAAUCCCUUUGAAUCAUUCGGCUGUAUCUAUAGAGCUAAUCUACCCAUCUUAUUAUCACGAUUACCAUCUUUAAAUAACGCCUUUUGCAAAGAUGCAAAUAAUACUUUGAUGGGUAUAGUCAAGGGAGGAGAUUAUGAUAGUAAUCGUAAUUUAUCGAUGUGUUCGAUAAAUAGUAAUAGUAGUAGUAAUGGGGGUGGCAGUAGCAUGACACGUAUAGAUGAAAAUCAAAUCCAUCAAAGUGUGGUGGAAACAAACAGUUACUCACUGGAAGAUAUCAUUGGCAUUCAAAACAAAUUAUAUGAAAGACAGAUUCACGGUGACACAAAAGUGAAGCCUAAUCGUCGUAAAAUCAGACUCAGUAGACGUCGCCAUCAAGAGCAGGUACAAGAACAGGUACCUUCAAUUGAGAAACCAACACUGGAAGAGCCGCCAGUAGUGGAAAGACCUCCAAUAGAAAAAAGGGUCACGUUACCUCGGAUUGCAAGUGCUUUGGUCGCCGACGACUGUUCGGCCGAACAUAAAAUUUCGGCCGAGUCUCGUGAUGGUGCAGCACAAGUGAUGCGCCAGUUACAAUGUUUCAAAUUGCCAGACAAGUGUUUAUUACAUUACGAAGAUCAACGAGGAAGCAUAACAGGAAAUGUUACAGGAAGUGCUAGUAUCUUGCUGAAACUUCCUAGAGGCCAACCAGGCUGUGUAUGGGGCGUGGAGACACAUAUGCCGCCGCCAUACAAUGCAUAA